AUGGCUACCUUCGCAAAGUCCACGUUCUCCCACGCCUCCUAUGCCGCCUUCCGCCCCUCCUACCCCCGCUCCCUCUACACCACCAUCCUCUCCUACCACCACGGACCCCGAAACCUACUCGUCGACCUCGGCUGCGGCCACGGCGUAGUCGCACGAUCCCUCUCCAACGACUUCGACCAUGUCAUUGGCACCGACCCCUCCGCCGGCAUGAUCGCGCAGGCCAAAUCCUCCACCUCAUCCACCGACUUUGCCAAUGUCGAGUUCCGCGAAGCCUUAGCGGAGGACCUACCAUUCAUCGCCGACGGCAGCGUCGACAUGGUAGUAGCAGGCCAGGCGGCGCACUGGUUCGACUACCCGCGCCUGUGGCCCGAGAUGCGCCGCAUAGUACGCAGAGGCGGCACGCUGGCCUUUUGGGGGUACAAGGACCACGUCUUCGUCGACUAUCCCGCCGCAACUCGCAUCCUCAUGGAGUGGGCGUAUGGCAUGGACAAGGAGAGGCUCGGGCCGUACUGGUCGCAGCCGGGGCGGUCAAUCGUGGAGGGGAAGCUAAGGGCCAUUAUGCCGCCCGCUGAAGAUUGGGAGGAUGAGACCAGGGUCGACUAUGAGCCUGGAACUAGAGGGAAGGAGUCGGGUGAGGGGACGCUGUUUAUGAGUAGGAGGUUGAGGGUUGGCGAGUGUAAGGAGUAUGUGAGGACUUGGAGCGCUUAUCACGGGUGGCAGGAGGCGCAUCCGGAGGUGGGGAAGAGGGCGGAGGGUGGGAAGGGGGAUGUAGUGGACGCGAUGUUCGAUGAGAUAGUGCAAGCGGAGGGGUGGGAGAGCGAGGAGAUGGAGGUUGAUAUCGAGUGGGGGAGUGGGUUGCUGUUGGCGAGAAGGAGAUAG